UUUUUUGUGGACUUUUUUGCAAUUUGAAUUGAUAUGAUUUAAGCAGCUUUGUAUUUGGCUGUUCUGACUUUGGCCGUUUUGGACUUGGCUGUUUUGAGCUUGGCUGUUUUGACUUGGCUGUUUUGGGCCUUUACCAGAUGAAGUAUUGAAAAUAUUUUGUGGUUUAAUUUGAUAUCGAAUGUGCUCAGAAGAUUUUGCUCUUGUUGUUUUAGUAACCUAUUUAUUAUUGGUCAAAGCAACCCAAAACUAGUUUUAAGUCAACAUUUUUUUAACCUUUUUUAGUGAUACAGUGACCUAAAAAAGGGUUGGCUUUAACCACGUUUUUGUGAGUUCAGACAUUUUCUUACAGAGUAUUAGUCUUGAACACAAUAUCUUCUCAUAGUCUUUACCAUUUUUAAUAAAUUUCAUCCGACAUAUUUUCCUGAUUAUCAAUAAAGUUUCGUCUAAAAUGAGUGAAAACAAAACAACUUUAAAAGUAAAGUUGAGUGGUGAAGAUUAUCAUGACAUUGUUAUUGACUGGGAAGAUGAAACCUGUGAAUACAAUCAACAAAUAUAUCAACAGCUCGCAGCCUACACCGGAAUACCAAUUUUUUAUAUAAAAAACAGCUACAUACUUCCUGGAAAUUUCAAUAUACCUUUUGGGCUGGAAAAUACAGAUUACUUAUGGAGAUUCACCAGACCUCCAACCGUUUUUGAUGUAAAUGAAAGAAAUAGAAGUCGAUUUAAUGAUGGCGAUUGCUUUAAUCUUCGUUGUUGUACAUAUAUCUGUAAAGAUCAAGAUCAGCUUUUUGAUUUUGCUGUUGACCUAAUGGCCUCAAGCUAUUGCAAUGAUAAUGGAUGUAAUAUAUUCUGGUGUCAACACAGAAAUACCAGAGCUUACUUGGACAAGAUGAUAGGAAUAGUUAAAAACACUGAGCUACAAAAGAAAAUCAAAGCUCAACUUCCUGUCCAAUUUACCCAAGCUAGCGAUGAAUAUAAGCAACUGCUGACCGAUUACAAUAUAAGACAACAGUUACAUGGACGCUGUAUUUACACCUCGGGCCCUCGAAAGUGUCGUUUUUAUGCACCACAUCGUGGUUAAUGAAUGUUGAUUUGGCGACCAAAAUUUUUUCUUCAUUUUUCCGUUGCUAUCA